CAUCUUCGUUCUUCUGUUGUCCCUCCGCGGUCAUGCCGGCGCUACCAGACGAGAUUGUACUUGAGAUUUUGAAGCCUGUCUUGGGCGUCGCGGACGAUGUCUUCUGCGACGUAGGCCCUUCAGCUUUCGAUUUUCGCGCUCAGAUUUCUACCUCUGCUUUGCUCCUCGUCUGCAAGCAAUGGCUGAGGGUUAGCACUCCUCUUCUGUUCGAAGUCGUUAUACUGCGAUCCAGUGGGCAGGCAAAAGCUCUCGCGCGUGUGUUGAAAGCGAACAAACAUUUCGGCGGGUUCAUACGUAUGCUCAGGGUAGAGGGAGGCUUCGGAAAGGCCCUGGAGACGAUCAUAUCUGCGGCGCCUAAGAUCCAGGACUUGUACUUGACCUUCUCUAUAUCUUCGAGUGACAAUGUUCAAGGUCUAUGCAAUUCGUUACCUUCUACGAAUCCCCGCCGACUCAUAGUACAUGAAAGCGCAGAGUGCUUGAGCGGUGGCAAGCAUGCCCUGGACAAUGCGAAGACCAGGGAUUUGACUGCUACCGUCUGUGCUUGCAUCAGGAAGAAUUGGACGAAUUUGCGUGUUUGUCAUAUACCUGACGAAGGGGGUACUCAAGCAACGAUAAAUAGGGUGAAUGCGUUAUCGGCCGCUCUCCGGCACGCGUCGAAUCUGGAGACAGUAGUGAUCCCCUAUGCCCCGAUGUCUCACAUCACUCAUAACAUCCUCGAGGGUUUUGCUGCCAACCCUAAUCUGAAAACGGUUCGCCUUCUUGCGACCCACGACGAAGUUGCAGGGACCUACUUCUUCACUUUUCUUAAUCGCAUGCCGCAUAUAGACAAGCUCAUCAUGUACCAAGAGCCGCCGCCACAAGAUGCCUUGAAGAAGCAAAAUGCGAAAGAUAUAUCGCGGGUACUAACCAAUUCGUAUGUCUGCCUCGCUGCCUCUCCGCGAGUAGUACGGGCACAUAUCUGGUCCCGUGUUCUUGCCUUGGCAAUGGACGCGGACAAUGACGGAUGUCAUAUCGAGCGAACACGUCAGAUGCGCUCAAAAGCGAAACCCAGCCGCGGACGACUGCAUUUCCUGCUUAUCUGCAAGGAACUCUAUGAACUAGCACUUCCUUUACUAUAUCGCUCACCAGCUGUCGACACGUUCGAUGGCCUCCAGUCACUGUCUAACAGACUUUCGGAGCAACCGUCACUAGGAUGCGAGAUCCGCGUGCUCGUCCUCAAUCGCUGUAUCACGGACAAUUUUUGGCCGCUGCUUGAGGAGGAAUCGGAUCACGAUGUCUCCGACGUCCACCCGUUGGUCAAAAAUAUUCUGUCCAAAACGCCGAAUCUUCAGCAACUUGUCACGAACCGUCGUGCGUUAUUUGACAGGGCCCCUUUCCUCAUGGACUGGUCGGUGUGGGAAACCCUGACCAACGUUCCCGGGGCAUCCUUAAAAACGUUAUCUGGCUUCCAGGUCAAGGGUGAGGGCAAGAAAACGUUGUCCAUCUUCAACAACUUGACAGCUAUUCGAUCCCUGGAAUGGUUCGACAGGACAGUUUUCCGCCGGGGCAACGCGGUUUCACCGACCUGUCUCUCAUUGCUCGAGGAGUUGAGACUAAAAGAGUAUGACGACAGCCUUCUCAGCCAAUUGACGAGAAUCAGCUUGCCAUCGUUACGGAUUGCAGCAUUCGCAGACUAUCAAUUUGGGAAAACCCCUCAGUCGCUACGACCCUUCCUUGCCAAGCACGGGUCAAAGUUACAGCGUCUCGAGUUCCUUUCUGGCUGUCUCAAUAUCGCAUCGCUAUUUAAUUUAUGCCCUAACGUGACAGAGUUUUUGGUCGAUAUGGACGUAGCGUCGUCGGUGUCCUCGGCCGAUAUCACGGUCUUGCUGUCACACCUACACGAUGGGGAGUCUGCCAAGUUGAGAAAGAUAAUCAUCGAGUGCUCAACCUCGAGUUUCCGAGUCUACGAUGACGUCGCGUCAACAGGAGCGGGUGCAUCGCAAGUAUUUGGAAUCUGGGGUUCAUUCUUCGACAGCUUGGACCUCAGCUCCCUGCCUGCGUUGGAAGAAAUCCAGAUUAUGCGCAGUCUUUGGCCCUCCAAUCAGCGCGCGUACGCGAAGAAUCCUUGGAUAAAAUGGGACGCGGACUUGAGAAAGCAAUGGAAUGUGGCCCUUUUAGAUGCAAAAGGCAAAGGAUGGACAGCACGGAUCAAGUGA